AAUUCUUAAGGUCAUAAAGCAAUUUAAUUUUAACGUACAGAUUGGUUCUUCUUGAUUGAAAACAGCAGCAGCAGCAGGUCCUGUCUCAGUCCCGCGACUCCUUUAGACCUGGGGGGCAGCUUUUACAAACAAGUCAUGGAAAACUAAGGACGACGUCGCCGCUUUUAUCAAGAACCCAAUACACCCUUUUCAGUUGACGCUUUCCUUUUAUUUCUCAAGCAAAUUGCUGCAAGUCAGCAAUAAUUUUCCUUCCCUCCAAACUUCCCCUUUUAUCGACAACCACGGAGUCUCUCUCUCUCUCUCUCUGUCCCUCUCUCUGUCUACAUAUAACUUGUCUUUCCAGAUUUGGUUUUUGGGUUUCUCUUUGAUCCAUAGUUAGUAAUGGCUGGAGAUGGAUCAAAGCUUCGGUUAGUUCGCUGUCCAAAAUGUCUUAAUCUCUUGCCGGAGCAUCCAGACGUCUCUGUGUACAAGUGCGGUGCUUGUGGUGCUCUGCUUCGAGCAAAGAAGAAAGGACCUGCAACAAGAAGUAGAGAGGGUCAUGAGAAAUGGCAUGGUUUACUGGAAAAAGAGGACCAUGGCAUAGUUACUGCAUCUGAGACUGAGAUGGAGACUAGCGAAAUCGAAAAUAAUAGAAGGAAAGAAAGAGCUUUUAGAGAUAAAAAUGUGAACUUGAUUAACAGAUCUUCUCCAAGAACAGAAGAUAAACAAGUAAUGCUUGAUAAUGGUAGAAAUGAGAGGGAUUAUAAUACCGAUACCGGUAGGGGGUUUUAUCGAAGCAAGGCAGAUAAAGUAAUUGGCUGUGCUGAUAAAUCUAGACAAGCUUUGAAGCAUCCUAUUGAUGAUGAUGAUAGAAAUGUGAAAAGAUCUGUCAAUUUCAUAAAGGAGAAGGGUGUUGGAGAGAAUUCACCUAGUAUGAAAAAUUCAGCUGAGUCAUUGAGAUCAAGGGUGUUUGUGGACAGAUGGGGUGCUGAAAGAGAUGUUCAUGGGGGAUGCUAUGUUAACCACAAAGGGGUUUCUGGUCAGGGUAAGUUUUCAGCUCGGGCAAAUACUGACGAGGGGCCUUCACAUAUAAAGAAUCGUGAGGGUCUGUAUGGACCUAAUAGGGUACGAGAACCGGAGCAAGAUCAAGCAGAGUUGCUGAGGAAGCUGGAUGAGUUGAAAGAUAAACUCAGUGCACUUUGUAAUGCGACUGACAAGCCAAAGGACAGGGCUCCAAUCAAUGCGAAAUUUGUUCCUUCUGAUGCUUAUGGUGGAACUCUCACACAUGAUGGUUCAGCAAAGCAUUUUGCAUGGGGCAAUCCCCGGCAUUUCAACAAUGGCAAGGGGCAUGCUCCUUCAGUGAAUAGCCAUGACAUUGAUAUGCACAAUUCCUAUUUUCCGCAGCAUGCUCCAAAUGGGAUUCCUGGUUAUGAGGAUUUAUAUAGGCUGCAUAUGCUUGGAACACUUCCCAAUCAUUCAACCCAUCAAUACCCUAAAAGACCAGGUCAUGAUUACUUAUCUGAGCAACAUAUGAAUAUCAGUCGUGAUCACGGUCCAUCACAUCCACAGAAAACCAUGUACCACCAGCCUGGAUGCUCGUGUUCAUUCUGUUAUAAUUUAAAUUGGCAAGCUCCUUCACAGAUACCACUCGUUGACCUUGGCCACAGAAGAUUGCAUGAGAAUCCAAUCAACUCCAAUUUCUACCACCACGCCACUCAUGCCAGUCAUUUUGUGAUGGGAACACAGAAUUAUAGUCCUCAAGCCAGCCAUCCUUUAUUGCACUCACAUGAUCAACUGCAGCAUACUGGAUGGCCUAGUGACAUUGAAUCGGACGUUGAUGGAUUUGGUCGGAUGCAUCUAAGGAAGGAAACCGUUGCUCCCACAAGAAGACAGCUUUGCUAUCCAAUAUUAGGUGGUGCUCCAUUUAUAACGUGUUGUAGUUGCUUCGAGCUGCUAAAAUUGCCCCACAUAUUUAAAGCAAGGGAGAAGAGUCGGCAAAGACUGCGCUGUGGUGCUUGCUCAACUGUUAAUUUUUUGAAAGUCAAGGACAAUAAGCUGAUUAUUUUGGUUUCCACAGAAAACGAUCAUUUGACUGCUAAUGCAGAUAAUGGCUCAAAUGAGGUGUCUGGAGAAGGCGUUUUAAGUUCUCUUGGCUGUGUUGAUACUAAUGACAAAAAUAGUUUUGCUACUGAUUAUGACCUUCACUCAACGGGUGUCAAAGACAACGUGAUGUCAGAAGAACAGAAGUCCAGGGACUCUAACAAAAGGCAUGGUGGUACUUCUUCAUGUUCCAUUUCUUAUGAGAAAGAGGAGAGCUGUUCCAUUUCUUAUGAGAAAGAGGAGAGCCUUGAUAAUAUUAUUGUUCAUGGAGAUGUUUCUUCCGAGGUGCCCGCUGAAGAUGAUGCCUUUCCUUCAAAAAAAUAUUCACAUUCUGCAGAGAAUUUUAGCAAUCCCUCUCCUGAACUUGCAUUGAGCAGAUAUGGAGAGGGCAAGUUGAGCAAGCAGACUAAUCAAGAAAACCUUAUUCUAAACAAAAGUGAAUCUGGGCAGAAAUUUGUGGAAGCUGUAUCACUGGUGACUGAAGCAGUUUCUUUCAAUGAAGAUCUAAAUACUAGCGUAUCUCAAGAAUCCAUGGCGGCAAGCGUAGAAGAAGAUCGAGCUAGGAUCAAUAAGGGGAACAAAUCCUUCUUGAAGGGUCUCAUUAAGAAGAGCUUUAGAGAUUUCUCAAGAGCUAAUCAAAACAUGAAGACCAUAAAGGUUAAUGUUUGGAUUAACGGGCAACCUAUACCAGACCUUGUGGUUAAGAAAGCUGAAAUACUAGCAGGGCCAAUUCAACCUGGAGAUUACUGGUACGACUCUCGAUCUGGAUUUUGGGGUGUGACAGGCCAACCUUGCCUUGGAAUAAUUCCUUCUUUUAUUGAAGAAUUUGAAUAUCCCAUGGCUAGAAAUUGUGCUAAUGGAAACACUAGUAUCUUUGUAAAUGGGAGAGAGCUUCAUCAGCAAGAUCUGGACCUACUUGCUCACAGAGGACUACCAACUACAAGGGAUAAGUUCUACAUUAUUGAAAUAUCGGGAAGAGUUCUAGACGAGGACUCUGGUGAAGAGAUAGCUGGCCUUGGCCAACUUGCUCCAACAAUUAUAAAGUUAAAGCGCGGCUUUGGUAUGAGAGUUCCAGAAGUGCUCGUGUGAUCAAUAACCUUGUUUGCAAGAGCUCAAGUUUCUUGUAAUAGUCAAAAUUUAUGAGGCAAUCAGUCCUCAUUACCUGUAUGUCUUUAGGCCUUGUGAUGAAUGUACAAGUAAAAUUCUUGUAAUAUGCUUCAUAUGCAUCAAAAGAUAUGUUUCGAUCACGCCAUGGUUUUUCUUUCAUUACUCGUCAUCUUCUUGGUAUGCAGACUGCUUUGUUCGACCAGAACGUCAGCUGGUCAGGUAUAUAGAAGGUUGCAUUACA